AUUAAAGUCAAUUGUGUGUUGUGGGUGCUGUAGUACGGUUGAGAAACACACUGCUGCGUAGUGAAAAGUGCAAGUGAUAAUUGUUUAAAAAAUGGCAAUUUCACGGCUGGCUGGUUGGUGGCGACAUUCGCUCAAAACAAGACCUAUUUUGACCAACACUAUUGUUUAUGCUAGCUUCUAUACCGCUGCAGAACUGUCUCAGCAGACAUUUAAUAAGAUUUAUGCCCCUGAGAAGCCUGAAUUGGAUUUUAAAAGUGCCGGUCGAAUCGCUGCAGUUGGCAGCACUUUAUACGCGCCAACAUUAUAUUUCUGGUACAAGUUCCUAGACCGGAAGUUUGUAGGGACUUCGAUGAGAGUUGUUCUUACCAAAGUAGCGUCUGACCAGUUUCUUAUGACUCCAGUAUUGCUGGCUAGUUUUUACAUAUUGCUUGGAACUCUCGAAGGUAAAGAAGAUGUGCUAGAAGAAUUGAAACAGAAAUAUUGGAAGACAUUUAUAGCGAAUCAAGCGUUCUGGAUCCCGGGACAGACAAUUAAUUUCGCAUUUGUACCUCCUAAUCUGAGAGUGGUUUAUGUAGCGUCUGCCUCAUUCCUUUGGAUAAAUAUAUUAUGUUUCAUCAAAAGACAGAAAGUAUAGUUGAAAGAAACGUGAAUGUUCAAAUAUUGUUGUUUGAUAACUAAUUUUUUUUUAAGUUCGCAUUAAGUCUUUAUAUGUAGUUAUAAUUUA